UAAUAAUGUCAAGAACCGCGCCUUGGUGCACAUACCACCUGUUUCCUUUUUCUAUCAGAAUGCCAACUUGCCGGCUGAAUCUCGGAGCACUCCUGCGUCGCAUCUCAGGUACGAGGAUCGCGUCAUCCAUCCAUCGUCCGUCCCGCAUUCGCCAGCGUGUUUCAUCAGAAUAUCAUCGAAGGACGCGUUGCAUUGCGGUCAAUACCCAAGUCGCAUUUGCGCAAGUGACUGCCCGCUGUUCAGUGACCGUCUUUUGCAACGCAUAGUCUACACGAGACCCGAGGCAACAGCUUCCCCACCAGUGGCGUGAGCCACCUUCAGAAUGGCCGUCAUUCGCAAGAAGAUCGCAGCUAGGGGAGGUGAGGGUGGUGUAAAGUACGUCUGCGAUGUGUGCUCCGCAGAUAUUACUUCAACGGUGCGGAUCAGAUGCGCCCACAGCGCUUGCAACGAAUAUGAUCUUUGUGUGCAAUGUUUUGCCAACGGCUCCUCUAGCAACGCGCAUCAGCCCGCAACACACCCUUACCGAGUUAUCGAACAGAACUCGUUUCCCAUCUUUGACCGCGAGUGGGGAGCUGAUGAGGAGCUUCUGCUGUUGGAGGGCGCUGAGAUAUAUGGGUUGGGAUCAUGGGCAGAUAUCGCUGACCACAUUGGCGGGUAUCGGCACAAAGAUGAGGUCCGCGAUCACUAUUUGGAGGUCUAUGUCGACUCUCCCAACUUUCCGUUGCCGAAACGAUGCAGUCCGCAUGACAUGGAGCUCGCGAACGAGAUCUCGAGAGAGGAAUUCCAGGCUCGGAAGAAGCGCAGGAUCGAGGAACGGAGGGAAGCUGCCAAGAACGCGCCCGCACUGCAGCCGAAAACGAAACCAACCGCCAGCGUGCCGUCCUGCCAUGAAAUCCAAGGAUAUAUGCCUGGCAGGUUGGAGUUCGAGACAGAGUAUGCCAACGAAGCAGAGGAGGCAGUGCAGCUGAUGCAGUUUGAUCCGGGAGACGGCAUAAAUCCGCGCACGGGCGAGCUGGAGCCAGAAAUGGAGCUUAAACUCACGGUGAUGGAGAUCUACAACUGCAGGCUAACGCAGCGAGUUGAGCGCAAGAAGGUGAUCUUCGAACACAACCUGCUGGACUACAGGGAGAAUAGCAAGGCGGAGAAGAAGCGCUCCAAGGAGGAGCGCGAUCUUCUCAACAAGGCCAAGCCUUUCGCACGUAUGAUGAACCGGGUCGACUUCGAGCAGUUCUGCCAAGGGCUUAUUGACGAGCUCAACCUCCGGCAAGCAAUCGCACAGCUGCAGGAAUGGCGGAGUCUUCGGAUCGGUGACUUACGAAGCGGGGAGAAAUACGAACAGGAGAAAGCGCUUCGAAUCCAAAAAUCAAUACCAUUGGGAUCCAUGGACCGCGAGAGAUUGGCAACCACUCAGCGUAACAAACAACAGCCACCUCCAGAACCCCCAAGCGGCGCGGCUCUUCUAGUUGCCCCUGAAUUGCCGAUCCGCUCUGCAGUCACAAACGGAUUACUCAGCGGGGAAGGACCAGACGGCGUCAAGAACGAGCCCAAUGGAAACCAUGUCAAUGGUGGGAGUGUGGUGGUCGCGAACGGUACCAUGCCGGCGAAACACAAGUACAUCCCGCAACCGGUACCGAAUCUGCAGCCUCUGCAGCUUACUCAGGAUAACGCGCCGGAUCUUCACCUUCUUACGCCUGAAGAGGCGAAGCUCUGCGAAACGCUCCGAAUACAGCCCAAGCCGUAUAUGAUGAUCAAGGAGCAGAUUCUUAAGGAGGCAGUCAAGGGCAACGGGAGCCUCAAGAAGAAGCAAGCGAAGGAAAUAUGCCGCUUGGACUCCCAGAAGGGUGGGAGAAUAUUCGACUUUAUGGUUAAUGCCGGCUGGGUGGUGAAGGCUUGAUUACAAGUGCUCAGCGGUUUGUAACCGCUCGGGGGCAAUUGGGACGUAGACGGGAUUGUUGGUGCUUCUCGGUGUUCGGGACCAUG